UUGACUUGAUUUAACUGGGUCAUAGUUUAGAGAGAGAGUAUAGUGAGCUGUAUUAACCUUCAGCUGCAGAGAUUCUGCUUGUUUCUAGCUUUGAACGAUGACUGAAACAGAGAUAUACAAAGUGUACAAAGGGGUCUAUAUGCCCGCUAAUCUGUACACACCACAGAGCCUGAAAUACUAUGAGGAGUUUUCUUUUCGCCCAGAUGAUAUCAUCAUUGCUACUUAUCCAAAGUCCGGUACGACUUGGAUGCAGGAGAUUGUCCCUCUGAUCAUGAGUGGAGGAGAUCCAGCUUCUGUUGAGACUCUUCCUAACUGGCGCCGUGUUCCCUGGAUGGAGGUGGAUAACACCUGCAAACUUAAUCUUGAACAAAGACCGUCUCCACGUAUCCUAUCUACACACUUCCAAUACGCCAUGAUGCCACCAUCGUUCUCUGAAAUAAAGCCAAAGGUCAUCUAUGUGAUGAGAAACCCCAAAGAUGUGUUUACAUCUUCCUUUCACUUUUAUGGGAUGACAUCCUUUCUGGUAAAACCAGGUCCACAGAGCGAGUUCCUCCACAAGUUCCUUGAUGGAAAAGUUAUGUUUGGCUCCUGGUUUGAUCAUGUAAAGAGCUGGCUGAAUGCUGAAGAUAAAGAUCGCAUAAUGUAUAUCUCCUAUGAAGAGAUGAUAAUGGACCUGAAGGACUCUGUGGCCAGAAUCGCUCAGUUCUUGGAGAAACCUCUGGACACUGAGGUGAUGGAGAAGAUAGCAGACCGAUGUUUGUUCAAGAACAUGAAGCAGAACAAAAUGUCCAACUACUCUACAGUUCCUCGUGUAUUCAUGGACCAGACAAAGUCUGAAUUUCUCAGGAAAGGAAUUGCUGGAGACUGGAAAAACCAACUAACUGUGGCAGAAGCAGAGUACUUUGAGGCUGUUUACAAAGACAAAAUGAAAGAUGUCAAAUACAAAUUUGCAUGGGAUUAAAUAGGGGUGUCAAAUUAUCGUGUUAAUUGCGAAUAAUUAAUUACAGUCAUAUUUAGCAUGUUAUGUUUUUUAAUUGCGUUAAUCUCAUUUUUAAUCUCUAACUUUACUGUUUCUGUAUGCAAGUUGCCUUUUUAUAAAAUCCGUUUUAAUGUGUUGGGCUUCUUGUGCUUCAGUUGUUGAGGGUGGAAAACAAUGGUCAGUCACACCCUGAAGUGGACAUUGAUUGGCUGUCAUUGUGUUUGGGAUGCUUGAGGGCAAGGUGAGGAGCGGUGAGUAGCGGAGAGCACCCGGACGGCACCAUUGAUACAUGUAGAGUGAUAUGCCUUCUUUGUAAGGAGUUUGCUUACCACCAAAGCAGCUCAAGUUUAGCCUACCACAUCAAAAGUCGCGAGUGCAGCCACAGCUAACGUUAGCAGCGUAAACAUUAGAAUUCAGCGAGCCAUAGCAAAGCUCUUUGCCAAACUAAACCUGAGAACACCCUGUGUAUGAGCGACCGACAGGCUGACAAAUGUUCUUGCCAAGUGAAUAGCAAUGAACUGUAGGCCAAUAAACAUAGUGGAAGAUGAGGGGUUAUAUAGACCUGAUGUUUUAUUUUAUUUUUAUUUUCUAAUUAUUUGGAGAUUGAGAAAAGGUGGAAACUAAAGGUUGCAGGCAGCACUUGGGACUAGCCUCAAAUACAGUGGAAUGUAAAUGGCUAGGACUGCAUCUGUUCAAAUCUGUUAAAGACAAUAAAUGACUUUAUAAUGCCA